AGGUCCCCUUUAUCCACUCUACAGCCGCACAGAAGAGGGCCGCACCCCCGGGGGUCCAUUGUUUUGCAGCUUAUAUCUAGAGACUGUUUCUUGGGCCAGGAGACGGAUGGGUGGGACUCUGCCCGGCUAGGAUGUGGCAAGGACGGGGUUUGCUGUCUUGGCAUAGAAGGACUGUACCACCUGGGUCUGGAUCACAAGGGGAGGCACUUCAAGUGGUUUUAUCUAUUUGUGCCCUAAGAAUGUUAACAUGCAGAUGCUCCGGAGUCCGUAUAUCCAGCGGCAGGGAGGUUAAAGGGGAGCGGGGCGUGGGAUCUUGCCAUCCCUGCUAUUACUGGGGGAUGCGACGUCCUCUCUGCACACACACCCAUGUAGUGGCAGACGCCUGGAAACUGGGCUCCUGAUACAGCUGCAUUGCACAGCAAUCAAUUCAUUCUGCUCACCGGACGCUGGAGGGCUGACGAAGCGGAGCUGCUAUCCCAGUGAUCAGGGUGUGUGGGUCAGAGUCUCAGCCAUGGUUGGAUUUAUCCCCAUUGCGGUUGGAGCAACUAUUGGAUUAGGAGUUGUCACCGUUGCUGUCCCAGUAGCACUCGGGGCAGUCGGCUUUACUGGUGCAGGCAUUGCAGCUGGGACCCCUGCUGCCAAGAUGAUGUCAGCAGCGGCCGUAGCCAACGGAGGAGGGGUAGCCGCUGGAAGUACUGUGGCAGUGCUACAAUCCGUGGGUGCUGCAGGACUUUCUCUUGCUACCAAAGGUGCGGUGACAGCUGUUGGGGGAGCACUUUCAUUCUUCUAUCCAAAGUGAAAGUUACGACUGCUCUUCCCUCUUCCUCCUGCAGAAACAGCCGCUGCAGCCUGCCUCUUGCUUGUCCUGCCUUCUCCACAAACAGCCCUUACAAUCGGUUUGGCUGGUGGCUGAAAUGUGAGAAAACAAUAAAAGCUUUUUGCUGAUUUAAA